UGGUUAUGUUUUUGUUGAUAGUUGAAAAAUACACUAAUCAUGCAUUAUACGCUAAAAUAGUCAGAAAUUAACAGAAUACUGGCUGCAUUGAGAGCAGUAACGAAUUGUAAAAUAGACUGUACAGUAAUAUAAAAUCUAUAGCUCACGUGCUCUGUUUAUUUUCAAACGAAGAUUUUACAAGUUUUCGCUAGGCUGACAAAUAUUAGUUUUUGGCAAGCACAUCAAAAAAAUUUGCAUCUGUGAACGCUGUAGUUUGAGAUUCUCUAUUUGUUACUACUGUUUUUUUACUGCCUGUGACAUUUCUGACUAACGAUGGGCGAGCAUGUCCAGUUGAAAGAAAAUGAAGAGCAACUCGUACCUGAAAUUAUAGAGCGAUCGCAAAAACUUUGGUAUCAGCCUUUGUGGAAUCGAAAAAAAGCUACAAAAAAUUUAAAGUACCAUAGAACCGGAGUGUUUGUUGUGAGGAAGGCAAGCGAAAAUGGUCAUUUGUUAACGAUAUCUAUAAAACAAAAUGAUCAACCAUCAGAGAAUUCAGUAGUUCAUGUCAGGUUGGCGGAGGUUCCUAAGAACGAUGGAACUGAAUGUGCCUUACGGGAGAUUAGCAGACUGGUUUUCGAACACUUUCAUCUGUUGAAUCUACAAUUGCCAAGUGUAGUUGCCCAUGCAAGCCUCGAGUCUGAACUGAAUAAGUACUAUGAUCUGGGUGAAAAAUUUUGGGAGCAAUUUACCGAAGGCAAAUUGGACAUACCGCAAUUGUUUGGAAGCGCAAGGAAAACGGCUCCGAGCCGUAGCUUUUCAACAAAACACCGUCCUUAUUGGAAUAUGGAAAAACAUUGCUUUGUUGAUGCAUCCAGUAAACAAUUACUUCCUCAAAAGUUCAUAUCUGAACCCAACAUAUACACAACCAUAGACACCCGAAGACAUUUGUAUGAACAACAAUUCGCCAGAAAACGGAACGCGGCAAGCAAACACAAUCAAGAAGGCAAACAAAUGAAGACUUUGUUGAAAUACGGAGAGUCUAGUUUGCCUACUACAACUACUCCUCUUUCAAAAACAAGAUCGUCGUUUGAGGCAUGUGGAAAUCUUCAGAAUCAGUGCAGCAGAAACAUAUCAAUGACAUUCAAAUUGAACAAGGAAGGAAAACAAUUUAAAAUGAAUUGGGAGAACUCUGAUUCCCUGUAUCAUUCUGAUUUUGUUGAGUUUCACUUCCCAGAAGACUGUGUGUUGGGAGAAAGAACUUUGACAAUUGAAAUCAUGCUUCCCGACAAGGAUGUAAUAAAACUCCAAGAUGGCGACGAAUUGAUAACUCCGGUUGUUUUCAUAUCGUCUCAAAACCACGCUGAUUUUCUUCGGACCGUAAUGGUGAAACUUCCUUUCAAGAGAGUUUAUCCAAGCCUUUCAGGAUUGAACUGCAUUGUGACACAAAGAAAACAACUUGAAAUUGAAGAAAAAUUUGUUGUCAUCAGAGCAUUCAGCUUUUCGCCGGUUGCUGUGAUGAAAAUGGCGGCCAUCAAUUGUUUGCGUAGCUUCAAUCACUUUGAUGAGAGUUUGUUGUUCGACACAUCAGCUGUUUUCUUCAUAAUGAAGCAGCUUACUGACAGACAUCACAAAUCAGACCCUCACGAGCUAGAGUUCCAGUGUCGACCACUGCAAAACUGCCAAGAAGCAGAGACAUUUCGAGUAAAUCCUAACUGGUUCUACUUUAAUCUAAGUGACAAGGCAAGCUUUGAACAGAUGGAGCGGAAAGGGAUAGUCCCAAUAACCAUUGACGAUACACAAGCAGCCAUAAAAAUUGACGACGCGUAUAGAAAUGAACAGAUAGAUUUCAAAAUCCCUUUACGCCAAGAGCAACACGAGCAAAGGCAAAUCGAUCAAGCCUUGUACGGUAACAAGCAGUAUGUCACAUAUACUUUCACAGAAGAUGUGACCGAUAUCAGUCGAAUGAAGUUUUCUAUUCAAGGAAUGCCGCCAAGGUUCUUUUCAUUAUUGACUAAGGAUGAAUUGGAAAAUAUUCCGAACUUGCCACAAAGUGGACUUUCAGUUUACAUUUUGACAGAAUUCAUUGAAUUUCUCAAAGAAGACUGGGCGGAUUUUUUGCAAAAUGAAAUGCACGUAAUCCGUGAUCACUUAGUGGAAUACGGAGGUCUUGAUUUCGAGAUCGCGUUAAAGAAGAUUUUGGAAGAAAAAACUAGCGCGAUUGCAAGAGGCGAUCCAGAGUACCUAGAAAGUACAUAUCGACAUUAUGAGAAAGAAAUCUUGCUAAGUUGUCCGGAUUUGAAGACUUAUCAUUCAAGCUUGAGAGUAAUUCCUCAAGCUGAAAUUCGUGUUUCACGUUUGUUGAAGUUUUCAUUUUUGGAGAAAUUUAAAAAUGAUCCGAGAAAAGCCAAAGAAAAAACUCUGCAAGCUCUGGACGAAAAAAUAAAAUGGUAUAGUGGCUUGGAAAACGAGAACGCAAAAACUUUGGCGGAAAUCAUGAUUUUCUGUAAAGAGUCAGAACUACGCAAAAAGAUGAAAGAAGCGUUCGAUCGCAACGCAGGGGAAAUACAGGCGGAUGCGGAAAAGUUCUCGAAGCAGCUGACGAAGUUCCUGGACGUUACAAUAGAACCAGGCGAAAACUUGGAAUGUGAUGACUAGUUGAACAGUUGAAUGACAUUCUAUUCCAGGUUACAUUGAAGUAAAGACUGAACAUUGAAUUUCUGACUGAACCAAAUGUUUUCUUUUGUAAAUUUAUUGGCGAAAAAUGUAGGUUAUCACGAGGAGUUUAGCUAAAUUAUUUACCGCAUAGUACCUUUGUUAAUAUAUAUAAACAUGCCUUUUUCGCUGCUCCAAAUCGUUCUCUUUCGAGCCAAUUAUCUUUUUCGAGCCAAUUUUUUGUUUAUGGGAAAACAUCUAUCAUACAAUUUUCAUAUAUGGAAAAAUGCUUAUCAUAGAGUUUUCAUACAAUUUUCUGUACGUAUGGAAUUGUAUGAAAUUGUAUGACAAGAAGUUUCUCAUAUAUGGAAAUUGUAUGAUAAGAAGUUUUGGUCAACCCGGGAUGUUGCCCAAUCUUUCUUCUCACUGUGCUUUUUAAAAUUGGAAACCUACCUUGCUUUAAUCUUUUAUAGUUAAGCUACACAAGCUGAAGCUCUGAAGGAAAAUGUAAUCACUACCUUCGAACAAAAAUUGAUAUAAAAUUGAAUUAUUCUUCACUGAAAAACUUUCUCUAAGGUAAAGUUAUCAUUAUAUAAAAUUCUUCAAAGUCAUGCAAAAAAUUAUGAAUUUUACAUUUAAGCUGAUCUGUUUGUCUGCUGAGUGUUGAUUGUAUCAAAAAGAUAAAUUUAACAUCUUCAAAUUUAAAGCGAGC